AUGGGAGACGCCAGUCCGCAGAAAGGGACAAGCCCAGACUGGUCGGACUCGUCGUCUGGCGCGGAAGGCGAACUUACUAUCCACGCGCCCGUUCCGCAGCGGCCGCAGCUCUCGAGUCGGAAGAGCAGCGGCACCAUGAUCGUGCCUCGCGAGUCUUCGGCCGUUGGGCCCGUAGAUGUACAGGUACCACCAGGUGAUGUGAGGGCCAUGAGUCCGAGGAGAACGAGCGAAGACCUCGUAAAUCUCAGCAAGGAGGCGAGAGAGGAGCUGCAACGGCAUGCUAAGGCGCUCCAAGAAUCCCUCAUUAACCUCUUCAACCGGAUAGAGGCUGUCAAGGAGGAGCACGAUAAGCUCGAUAGUCAUAAUAAAUUCCUGCAAAAGUACAUCGGAGACCUAAUGACGACGAGCAAGAUCACGGCAUCGAGCAGUCGGUCUAAGAAAUGA